ACAUGUAGAGGAACGCUGUAUUUAAACAUACUGGGAUUUAUUCACCUAGUCGAGUUGUGUAUGUGGUGGCCGUGCGCUCCUUGCCUUCAUUGUAAACUAGCGGUGGGCGCCGAAACCCCUCCCCCGUCGGGCGAACGGAGAGCAGGGGAGCGACAUCUGCACCGGGCCGGCGCUCCGGCAGCAGACAUGGGAACUAGACGACGACUCAGUAUCCUCCUCACCUGAACAUGAUACUCGCAGUCUACCGUCGGAACUACCAGCAGCUAUUAAAAGAGGAGGGCAGACAGGCGGCAUGACAGAGGAGAAAUGUCCCCAGCUGGUGGACUACUUUGUGGUGGCGGGUCUCGACCCGGUGGGCUCCUGGACACCCCUGGAUGAGGACGGCAGGACAUCGUCCUCCUCAUGUUCGUCGGGCCGGGCAGUGGAGCCAGUGACGGACCUGGCAGUGAUCGCGCGGGGCCUUGGAGAAGAGGUUCCCGAGGGCUUCACUUGCAUCGAGCGUACACCCGGAGGUCACCCCGCGGAGCUGAGCGCCGGACUCAUCAAUAACCCGCACCUUUAUCUCUGCUACCGCCGGGGCAGGGACAAACCCCCCAUAUUAGACCUCGGAGUGCUGUAUGAGGGGAAGGAGCUCCUGAAGCAAGGUUGGUACAUCAUUGAGACAACGCCGUACAGCCGAUCCGCCAGUCUGAGCUCUGGAGCCGGGCCAGCCGCCCACCGUGUCUUCCUGACAUACCGCCGGGCCCCAGACUCCCAGGCCCUCGAUACCCUGGGGGUCACUGACAUCUCCUUGCUCCUGCCCAGCAAGGGGGAGGUUGCCCCUCACACCUUCUGCCGUGUUGAGAAGAACCUCAACACUGGCAUGUGGGGUCCAGCUUUGUACCUGUGUUAUAAGAGGGCUGUUGCCAAAGCCAAUGCCUUGGUGUAUGAGGCAGGUCUGAUCAGCCGUUAUCCGGAGGAGGAUCUGGAGUCAUUUCCCCUCCCAGAGUCGGUGCCGGUGUUCUGUCUGCCCAUGGGUGUCACAGUGGAGAGCUGGCCCCUCCACACUAAGUACCAACUCCCUGUCUUCUCCACCUUCGUCCUCACCUCCGCCUCCGGAGACAAGGUGUAUGGAGCAGCCAUCCAGUUCUACGAGGCCUUCCCCAGGGAAGGUCUGUCUGAGCGGCAGAGCAUCCGGCUGGGCCUGCUGAGCGUAGUGGACCGCAGGCCCAUCACCAACCGCACCCUGCAGGUGAAGAAGAGCGUGUGCGUCCUCUCCCACUGGCCCUUCUUCACCGUCUUCCAGAAGUUUCUCACCUUUGUCUACCGAUACUCCAUCUCGGGGCCUCACGUCCUGCCCCUGGAGAAACACAUCUCCAGCUUCAUGCACAAUGUGCCGUUCCCCUCCCCCCAGCGGCCUCGCAUCUUAGUGCAGCUUUCUCCAUAUGACAACCUGCUCCUGUGUCAGCCGGUCUCCACUCCCCUCCCGCUCAGUGGUGCCAGUUUCCUGAAGCUGUUACAGAAUCUGGGUCCGGAGAAUGCGUGCACCCUGCUGCUGGCUGUUUUGAUAGAACACAAACUGUUAUUACACUCCCUGAGACCUGACGUCCUCACAUCCGUCAGCGAGGCCCUCGUCUCUAUGACCUUUCCCCUGCGUUGGCCCUGCCCCUACAUCCCGCUGUGCCCGCUGCAGAUGGUGGAUGUGCUGUUGGCCCCCAUGCCCUUCAUCGUUGGCGUUCACUCCAGCUACUUUGACCUUCACGACCCCCCCACAGACGUGGUGUGCGUUGACCUUGACACCAACACCAUCUUCCAAUUGGAGGACAAGAAACCGUUGUCAUGGCGGUCCUUACCGAGAAAACACGGCAAAAUCCUGUACAACUCCCUCACCAACCUCCACAAGACGCUGGAGAAGAUCUGUACUCCCGGGCAGGAGGAGGUGACAUUGGAGUUCUUGCUGACGGACUACGACCAGAUCUACGGCCGUCAGAAGCAGCUGGAGUUGGAGAUCCAGGAGGCCUUCCUGAAGUUUAUGAGCUGCUUGCUGAGGGGCUACCGCUCCUACCUACUGCCUAUCACCCAGGCCCCCUCAGACACCACCACUGACUGCAGCUCCCUCUUCAACCUGCAGGGUUUCUUGAAGUCCCGGGAGAGGAAUCACCAGAAGUUUUACAACCAGCUGACCCGGACACAGAUGUUCACCCAGUUCAUUGAGGAGUGCUCCUUCGUCAGUGACCGCCACGCCUGCCUCGAGUUCUUCGAUGAGUGUGUCCAAAAGGUGGAUGUGGAGAAGCCAGAGGAGGUGAGGCUGAUAGAUUUGGAUGAGAGUCACAGCGGAGAACACACCGUCUUCAUCAUGCCACCUGAGGAACCCCAGGAACCUGAUGGCUCUGAGAGUCCUGCCAACUACAGUUAUGAGACCUUCCCUAUUUUGAGGACGGAGCUCUUCGACCGGCCCCAGGAUCAGCUCCGCGUCCCAGCCAAGGGAAGUGCCCCCAGUAGCCCUGCACCCCGUCGCACCAAACAGGAGAUCAAGUUGGCCCAGAAGCGAGCCCAGAAGUACUCGGCGGUAGCAGACAUGUGGUCCAAGUGCCUCCUGGGGCAUUGCUAUGGCCUCUGGUUCAUCUACCUGCCCACCUUUGUCCGGGCCGAGAGCGCCAAGGUUCGCGCCCUGCACACCGCCUAUGACGUUCUCAAACACAUGGAGAACCGCAAGGUGGUGCUGCCAGAUGAGGUCUGUUAUCGGAUCCUCAUGCAGCUGUGUGGUCAAUAUGGCCAGCCAGUUUUGGCGGUUCGGGUUCUGCUGGAGAUGAAGAAGGCUGGAAUCACCCCCAACACCAUCACCUACGGAUACUAUAACAAGGCAGUGCUGGAGAGCAAGUGGCCCUCCACCAAUCAGGGAGGGCGCCUGCGCUGGGCCAAGCUACGGAACGUCCUAUUGGCUGUAGCCCAGUUCAGACAGCCAAUCAAACAGCGACAGAAGAGCAACUCAGUGGGCUCGCGGACAGAUGUCAUGAUGGACUCACACCAAAGGCCAAGCCCCCACUCGAGUUUGAUACGCCAGUCCAGUUGGAGUGGGUUGAGCGAGAGCUACAGCCAUGAAUCACUGACCAGUGCUCUGGUCAAGAGCAGCAGCCUGAACAGUAUGAAGGCCUCUGCUGAGAAAAUAAAGCCCUCCAGGAAGACCGUCCUCCAUAGUGCAGUGACAAACAGCUGUGGUGAUGCUGCUUCCCGGAAGCCCCCCGUUGGCCCGCGGGACACUUCCACCCCGCCUCCUGUGACUCCUGGUCGCGGCCUCGUGCGACGCAGCGAGGUCUGCCUGUCCACCUUCUAUAAGGAAUGUGCAGAGAUGGGUGACUCAGAACUUGACUGUAGCUGCCAACCUGGGGACAGAGAUGGGAGACCUCAGGGUUCACGUGACACGAUUAGUCGAAACAAGAAGGUGGAUGAGAACUACAACACCGUCUCCUCCCCUAACCGAGGAGGCCUGGCGGGAAAACUUCAACAGCUCCUCACCCCCACCCGACACCGUUCCUCUGUCCGACGGGCUGCCAGCAUGGACGACCGGCGCCCAGGUGGAGGAGGGGGCAGUGGUGGGCUGACGGUCCGCAGGGUGUCGGAGCAGAGGCAGUCCCGGAAAGCCCCGGUGGCUGAAACGCUGAAGGCCAGGGAAAGGCUGGUUAACGCUACCUCUGAGAGUUCAUUGUCUGUUGGGAGUGACAUCGAUUUGGCUGACACGCCGAGUCUGGCCUAUCCCCUGCGCAGGUCAUGGGAUGCCAAUCAAGAGGGGGCGGGGCUAGAGGUUCUCAUGUCCAGCUGCUCCCUGUGCCGGAGCUGCAACUCCUUAGUGUACGAUGAGGAGAUCAUGGCCGGCUGGACGUCGGAUGACUCCAACCUCAACUCCUCCUGUCCCUUCUGCGCCUCCUCUUUUGUCCCUUUCCUCAGCGCAGAGAUCUGUGACCUGGGCCCUGUUAGCAGUGCAGAGCGCAGUAACUGGAAUGCAGAGGAUGAGGUGCAGAAUGCAGUGAGGCCCCCUAGUGUCCAGGAGGUCUUCCUGCAACACCACUGUAAUGGCGUGAAUGAAGACACCAGCUCUGAAACCAGCAGUUAUUCAGAGAACAUUGGCAUCAUAGGUUCAUCUGCGGGUGAGUCUCCCCAGGUGUCAGUGGCCUACUUGAGCCCCCUGGUGCUGCGAAAGGAGUUGGAGAGCCUACUGGAGAACGAGGGAGAGGCGGUUCUGGCUCAAGCCCAGUUCCUGGACAGCCACUCCAUCAUUUUCUGGAACCUGGUUUGGUAUUUCCAGCGCCUGGGUCUCCCCUGCAACCUGCUGCAACUGGUCCGCUCCUCCCCACUGGUCAGCCAGCUCACCCAGACAGAGAACUCAGCAGUGAGAGUCAGGUUACUCUGGGACACCCUCACUCCAGACACGGACCAAUGGCCCCCCCUAUACAUCCUCUGGAGGAUCCACAGUGGUGUUCCUAUGCGAAGUUACAGCUGGCGGAGGCACAACCACCCAUUCACACUUUCCUUCCUGGAGGAAGUGCUGCGCUGGGUGGGCAUGAACGAAGUUCAUAAAGCCGUCACCGUCUUCCUGGAUACUCUAGCCAAACAGCCGGGCUCGCCACGGCUACAGAGGAGUUUGUACAGAGAGAUCCUUUUCCUCACGCUGGCUGCUAUGGGCAAAGACCAUGUUGCUGCAUUUGAUAAGAAGUACAAAGCGGCAUACUCCAGGCUCACAGGGACCUUGGGUCGUGAGGAGCUGCGUAAGAAGCGAGCUCAGCCUCCCAGCCCAAAGGCUAUUGACUGCAGGCGCAGUUUCCACCCACCCCUCGAGUGCUGAUUGGCCAUCCGGGAAUUAGGAAGCGGGGGGGGUCCUUGAUUCCGCCUCCUUUGAUGGCUCCACACCUGUCCACAUCAAGAAGAGGAGAAUCUGUAGAGCCAGGUUUCUGCUGCCUUACCGCUUCCAUUCUUUGCCUCUCUGCUGCCUCUAAGUGGGCACCAGGGCUACAUCCUCUACUACACCACCUAGUGGGCACCCGGGGCAGUACGUGCUCUCCUCCACUUCCUUUGGCCUUGUUGGUGUCAAGUUCUCGUGUGCGGUCACCACAGCAGCUGUUGCAAUCCAAUUACUUCUCAUUUCAAAGAUAUGCAGGGUUGAUGCCACUGUAAAACAUGUUGAAAGUUUGUGGCUGUUUAGGCAUGAACAUACCAGCAGCAACAGACUGAAAUGUUUACUUGGGAGAGAGUUUACGAACACUGCCUCCACUUCCAAGUAUCUGUUUAUUCAAGCUUAUGCCUUGCAACAUAAAGGGUGUAUGUAACGUACAGUAAUCUAUGCAUUCAAGGGGGACUCGUCAUUCAUUCGUGAAUUGUCUCAACGCAGAAAAGGUUUCUAUAAUGAGGAAAGGUCAGUUUAGGAUCUUAGCGCACGACCACCAGGAUAGGAUGUCUCCGUGUCCCUCGAGCUGAAGCAGUGACACUCAGUGCAUGCCUGAAACCCUUUCAGUUGACUCCGUCAAUGUUUCCCAGCCUGCAAACACAAGCUCAAACCAGCGGAGGCCUCGCGCUCCCUGAACCUCUGCUCUUCUCACCCUCACUUCCUUUGGAUCCUUCCAAGGAACCGACACUUGGAAAUUUUCUUUUUUGGGCUUAUAGUAAUAUAAAGGUGUGGAGUCUGACAUCGCUGGCCUUGGGUAGAAGAUUUUUCUGCCUUUGUCAUGUGACCGAUAAUGACUGCUGUGUUUUGAAAGAGGUUGAGUUCCUCUUUGCCAGGGUACUGCAAUCAGAGUUUAUUCUUUUGAGAUGGUAGACCUUUUUUAAAAAGAGGGUGUUGACUCUGGUCAGUGAAAAGGGGUUUAAGAAAUUUCUGUCAUUAUUUGAAUGGGGCCUAUUUUGCUAGAAUAACAAGGCGGUCCACAACUAUGGUAAACAAGCAGAACAGUCAGUCUGGUAGGAGGAUUUCCGGUGAGAUUUAUAGAAGGAUUUUUAUUUUUUUAGUUCCUGUUUUCCUCCCUGUGUUGAGUUGUCUCUGUUAAGAAGGGGGUUGGUUUGGCCAUUUACUUAUUUCAACUACAAGAAGGGAGUUUCAGACCUGUGACGGUAGAAAGAAUUUAUCGACAGGAAAAGGAGACACACACACACAAGAACAAUCUCAAAAAGCAGGCGUAUCUUCAAGUGUGGAAGGACACAACGCUAGGCUUCUUCAGGCCACCACCUGUGUUCAAAGUACACAUUCUGACACACCAUGCUGUCAACUUGUCAUUGAUAUGUGUCAUGUUUAAAGAAUGAUAUGCGCUCUCCCAAACCUUACAUCUUUAUUAGGGUCAACGGUGUCGUCUCGUGUGCUCCUCUCUACCCAAUGAUGCUUAUUUCUGUUAUGUCAGCCGCCUAUUGGUCAGCUUCGUGUUUGUACUGUUGUCUGUGUCUCCGAGAGGAGUCUGUUCUCUAAGAUCUGUUAGGCAUGCCUUGUCAGUGUGUUUUUAUUUUUACUUUUAUUUAUUGAGGGAAGUUUUUUGUUUCGCAGUGUGUGCAUGUUUGUCAACGCCGCCUUGUGUCCCUUUCAUCCACUUUCCAUGUAACUGACCUUCUCCAGUCGGCUACUGAACAGCUUCGCUAGAGCAGUCGGGGUUCUUGUGCCUUGCUCAAGGGCAAUACGUGAUAAAUUUCGACAGAACGUGCAAGUAAAACUCUAGUGUUCCUGUGGGAUGGUGAAAGAAAAAAAAACUGUUGGUUUAGCGUAAAUUAAAAUGAAUGGUGGUUUCAUUGUAGAGGUAGUUUGCUGUUCUCAUACUAGACUCAGUAAGACUAUGGUACAGUGUCAACACAAUGCAAAGCGCUACUGCUGGCCUUCUCCUGCCUUUUAAUGGGUAUUACAUAGUGAGCCAUAGCAAACCAAAGAUUUUUUUUCUAGCCGGUUGGAAACAUUAGGGCUGUUUUAAAAAAAGAUUUUUUUUUAAUAUGUAAUCAGUGCUUGCAAGCCAAAGUUUGGUUCAAUAAAAGUUCAUCUUGAGGCACAUAUUAUUGUAAACCAAGUAUGAUGCCACAUAUAAAUGUGAAACUGCCUCCAGUCUCACAAUUUCCCUUGUGGCCCAAAUUAUCU